AUCAAAAGAGGGAGCCACGCGGGUUAGAAGCACGCUGCGACUGGCUACUUCCUUUGUGCGCACUCGCGUGUGCUCUGUAUCACGUGCACAAAACGAAUUAAAUUCAUAGAGCAAGAAGAGAAAAUAGUCAGGUCAUCUAUUCAAGUCCCCUAAAGAUGACCCAUUGAAAGUGGUGCUACUUAUACUGCAUGGUGGGGUGGACAGAUGUGAGCUGUUAUGAGGGGUUCUCCCCUCUUGGGAAGAGGUGCUGUCUCAAGUAAACUUGACUAGCUCGUUGAUCUAGAGCAGUAGGUGCGUGCCACAUGUUUUGGCUCUAAUGAAGACAAGAUGACUCUACGAUAACCUCUGCGUGCCUAGGAAAAUGUUAGAUUUUUCAAUAAUGGUCAGCUACUGUGCGUGCUAAGGAUUAUUGUUGUGCUCUCAACGUGUGCUGCUGCCAAAGACUGUUGAGGAGGGAUGACCUCUGCCUGUUAAGAAGGAGGCGACUCCAUCGCUUCCUUCUACCAUGAGAAAGAAUCUGCCACAGAACCAGACGCAGAAAGGAGUUGAGAAACCAACAUCACCCCGCCUGACACUGCGCUUUCAGUCCAUCCGGUCAAGGGAUGAGAAGAGCUCAUCCAGAGCCCAUGACCUCGCCCCAUCUGCCAGCACUGCCUCGCCCAAGUACCAGUCCUACUGUGUUACCAUGGAGGCACGUGGAGAUGUGUAUGACUUGAAUGGGAAGAAAGAUGAACUACCCACUUCCACAACAUCCUCUGCAUUGCAUGAUGAUUCAACCGCCGAAGUAGUCUCCUCAAGCAGCCCACAUUGUGCAGCAGAAUCUAGUUCUGAAGCCACAGACACUCACGAAACAUCAAGCAUGACUGCAAAUGGCUCUGCUCCCGAUCUUCAUUCCGAUGAAACAGCCACCGAGGAAUCGACGAGGAAGCGUCGUCGAAGCAGUAACGACAGCAGCAAUGGUGGUUCAUCAGCUCCAGCUAGUAAACAACGUUCUCGUGGUGAUAAAGGGCAUCCACGAGGGCCAGAAAUGGACUCGAAUGUUCCAAAGAAACGUGGGGGCACCUCCAGCUCAGACACAGAGAGUGCACAGAGCGAGGUGGAAAAUGAUGCUGACCAGGUUGCCAUGCAAGCAGAAUCAUCCAAUGGAGGAAGUGGUCAGGUUACUGCCGGUAGCUCACCAAAAGUUCCUCCACUGAAGAUAGUCCUUCCACCCAGUAGUGGUGGCAAUUUAGAAGCUGUAGAGAUAGCUGGCACAAGUGGUGGAAAAGAACGAAAAGUGUCUUCUGCAAAGCAGGCACUUCCGUAUGUUGUAAGCACGGCUGAAUCUGUGGAUGGUUCACCUGAGAGCAGCGGAGAGCCGGCUGAGAAAGAGAGGAGGAGAGAGGAAACCACCGCUGAGCGGUGCCAACGAGUGACACGCAGCAGCCAUCGUGCAGCACUUGGUCACGACGAAGAUGGGGUGAGCGAAGAAGGACAUAAUACUUCGGAUGUGCACCCUCGCAAACGGAAGCUGAGAACAAGAGAGGAGCACAGCAGCAAUGCUACUCCCAGCAGUGUGGCAGUACCACAGCAGGUUCAGCAUCAAGGGGAGGAGGCUGCGCAGCCAGCAAUGAACGGCUACCAACUAUUUCUGAACAUCCGGCGUCAGGUGCAAAAACGCAGACACUCCAUGUUUAUUGUGCACCCGAAGCCACCCCAAGGUUUCAAGGAUUAUUUGCUCAACAGGGGUUCUUACGUACUCGAAGGCAAUCCUUCUUCACGUCUCUCUGUGCCCAUAAUUCCACCACCUCAGUCACUGACUGGCACCAUGAAGGAUCUAUUUGUGGAACAGGAAAGUGAACGUUAUAAGCUUAGGUUACAGCAUCUCAUUGAAAGAGAGAAAUUGGUCCUUUCUGCUGAACAAGAGAUACUGAGAGUACAUGGCAGAGCAGCUCGUGCUAUUCAGAACCAAGCAGUACCCUUGUCUGCCUGUAGUAUUCUUCGAGACGAAGAGAUAUAUAACGUUCUAGAACCUGAACAGCUCUGUACAAGAAGCCCAGAGUUUAUAGCUGAUAAAAAGGAAGACAGAGACAAAAACGUUCGUUCAAGGUAUAAUGGUCGUCUCUUUUUGUCCUGGCUUCAAGAUGUGGAUGACAAAUGGGAGAAGAUAAAGGAAAGCAUGCUUCUUCGACACCACAAUGAAGCGGAGUCCUUGCAUGCAGUACAAAAGCUAGAUUGGGAAUGGAAGAUGAAAGAGCUCGGUCUCUGCGAUGUACGCACGGCACCUGUUAUUGACGACAUCUGCGUGCCCAUGGUGCACGUUAGUGACGACUUCGACCUUUUACCAGCAUGACAUAAGGCUCGAGCGUCACCUUCAGCAGAAGGGCGGCUAUAGGGCCCACUACCUUGCAGUGCCACUAAGUUUACUUAAAUACUUCAGGAGAUCCAGUGCGAAGCACAGGCCAGAUUUUUUUUUUUUUUUUCUUUUUUGACCUUACUGAAAUAUUAGCAGAACGUCAGCAUCUCAGGCAUGUGUGGGCAAUUAGUGCUCUGUAUGGUGGAGGAGCAGUCUGGCACUGUUCAGUGAAGGAGCGUUUGUGGUUGUGUGGCCUAAUUUGGUCAUUCAGGAUGCUUGAAGAGGAGGUGGACCUUUGAAUCUGAGUGAAUGUCAAGACUGUGGUACUCUUUUCGUAUACGCGCCCUAGCUAUUACAAGGUGUUCAUUCGAAGUACACUUCUGGCAAUUUAGUUAGUCACCCGUAUGAAAUUCAGGCUAGAUUAAGCGGUAGAAAAUAUGUUGACAGUAAGAUGUGACAUGUUACACAUGUUGGACAGUACACAAUGACUCAGCCAGAGUGCAUGGGCAUUGUGCAAAUAGGCUUAAGCUACUUGGAUGCUUCAAGUUCCCGUUGACGGGAUGAUGUGUUUUGUGAUACUUCAUGAGCAGAGGGCUGUGCUUUGGCUUUCUGCUCCGUCACUGUGGCAAGCAACUGUUGCUGCCUAGAAUCAUUGCACACAAUUAAAUGUUGGUGUGAAUGUCGAAUGAGUAACCAUUGUUUGGUGUGCCACAUCUACCAUUUGCAUGCAUAGCAUGUUACUGAUAGUAACAAACUUUGGAUCAUCCACAUUAUGUAGUGUUACCAUCCCUUGGAAUCAUGGAAAGGUUGUCAGAUUUGCCAUGUUUUCAGUGUAAGUGAAAAGCCUUUUUUCAACCGUUUCGGAUGAAUCUGUGCAGUUACAUAACGUGCAAGUUAUUUUUUUUUGUCAUAACUGAAGGCUUCGUUGUGGAUUGAAAUGUCUGAUAAUUGUGUGCAUUAAAUCUUGCCCUAAACAAAUGGAAAA